UGUCUCAGCUGAGGCAGCCAUCUUGCUCUUGCCGAGUGCUGGUGUUGGAGGACCCUCCCGGCUGCAGAUUUACCAGCAGCAUGAAUUAAGAAAAGUUAGCCAAACUUUAAGCUCAGGUCCGGAUAGGGGGCAAGGGGACAGCUCACAGGAAGAAGAAGGUGGUACAUAGGCAGCUACUGCUGAUGACAAAAAGCUUCCGAGUUCACUAAAGAAACUGGCUGUGAACAAUAUAGCUGGUAUUGAAGAGGUGAACAUGAUUAAAGACGAUGGAACAGUUAUUCAUUUCAACAAUCCCAAAGUCCAAGCUUCCCUCUCCGCUAACACCUUUGCAAUUACUGGUCAUGCAGAAUCCAAACCAAUCACAGAAAUGCUUCCUAGAAUAUUAAGUCAGCUUGGUGCAGACAGCUUGACGAGCCUUAGAAAGUUAGCUGAGCAGUUCCCACGACAACUACUGGAUAGUAGAGCACCCAAGCCAGAAGACAUUGAUGAAGAGGAUGGUGAUGUUCCAGAUCUUGUAGAAAAUUUUGAUGAAGCAUUGAAAAAUGAAGCUAACUAAAAUCCUCUGGUUUU